AUGACGCGUUUAGAGAGCAUAAUUGUUUUGGUAAUUACAUAUAUUGAUUUGGUGACGGCAGUGGCCUCUGUAUGCAAUCCAUUAUCUGCAACAGCUUCAUGCCAGCCGAACACUGCGCUAGCUACAGGGAUUUCAGAAACCUUCGAGACUGAAUCCCGAGAUUUCUCCAAUUAUACCACUUCGGGGCGUAUUGAAUAUGGGUCUGAAGGAGUAUCAUUUACAUUAAACAAAAGGUGGGACAACCCUGCAUUAAUGUCCAACUUCUAUAUCAUGUUUGGGAAAGUAGAAGUUGUGUUGAAGGCAGCGUCGGGAACCGGCAUUGUUUCUUCAUUCUACUUGCAGAGUGACGCGUUGGACGAAAUAGAUUUCGAGUGGCUAGGUGGGGACCGUAAGCAGUUUCAGACCAACUUCUUCUCAAAGGGCGAUGUAACGACAUAUGCGCGGGGCGCUUUCCAUCCUGUAAACGACAGCCAGGCCUUCCACACAUACGCGAUUGACUGGAGGAUGGAUCAAACCAUUUGGUACCUGGACGGCAAAGUGGUAAGAACCUUGUCGAACACCACGUACGAUGGAUACCCCCAGACCCCAAUGAGAAUCUAUAUGGGCAUAUGGGCUGGCGGCGAUCCGUCCAAUCAGCCGGGUACUAUCCAAUGGGCUGGUGGGUUGACUGACUAUAGCAAAGUCCCAUUCGUCUCUUCUGUGAAGAAGGUGCUGGUCACAGAUUACUCUACAGGUGAAAAAUACGUGUACACAGACAAGACUGGUACUUGGAACUCUAUCAAGUCUGAAAAAGGUGUCAUUUAUGGUAGGUUUGACGAAGCUAGUGCCGAGUUUGACUUUUUGCUGUCCGAAGGCGAUGACGAAGAACACGACGAGGAACACGACAAUGGAAAUGACAAUGGCGAUGACAGCGGCGAUGACAGCGGCGAUGACAACGGCGAUUGCGAUGAUGAUGAAAAUGAUAACGAAGCCCAAGAUACUCUGUCUGAGUCUUCAGGUGUCGAAGGAACCUUAAAAGGCGCCCAUGACGGACAAUGUACCAGAAGAUCCGGUCGUCCUAGUCAUCCAGGGUCUCCCCGAACGUUUGGUCCGCCUCGACCAGCUUAUGUUUUCCCAAACAGUAACGGUGGUAUCGCAGGAUCGAAUUAUGAUGGAGAAUCGGACUAUGAUGGAGGUUCAAGUUCGGGAAAUAAUAGUAGAAACACUACCGGCGAUGGGUCGACAUUCAGGAACACUUCCAGUUCCCAACCCACCUCAGCAUCUAACCAAAAUUUCAACAACAGCGGUAGCACGCCCAUGUCAGGCCUGUCAAACAUUAUAAGUGCGCGUGCAGUAACUAUCGAAAUAUAUCUACUAUCAUUGGGAAUCAUCCUGUUGUUACCGUAA